GCGGCGGGGCCGGGAGGCAGCGCGCACGGACAUGCCCGCGCUGCCGGUGCUGCAGAGGUAGCCAGCCCCGCGGCCAGGUGCGCGCCACCCAUGCGGGAGCGCCGCUCCCGGCGCUAGGCUUCCUCCUCUCGGUGCCCGCCUCCCGCGCCGUGACCCUGCCCCCGGGCGGCGGCGGCGGCGCUGACUGCGGCUCCGCCCCGGGCUAUCUCCGCACCUGGGCCGCUCCCGCGGCCGCCGCCCUCCCUGCGGGGCUCAUGGCACAGCCGGCGGCGGACGCGUGUGCCUGCGCCGCGGCCGCGGGGAACGACGGCGGGGAGAUGAGCGGCAGGAAGGUGGCUCUCAUCACCGGCAUCACCGGCCAGGAUGGAUCGUAUUUGGCUGAGUUCCUGCUGGAAAAAGGCUAUGAGGUGCAUGGAAUCGUUCGUCGAUCUAGUUCUUUUAAUACAGGCCGGAUUGAACAUCUCUAUAAGAACCGACAGGCUCACACUGAAGGAAACAUGAAGCUGCACUACGGUGAUCUCACGGACAGCACCUGCCUGGUGAAGAUCAUUAAUGAAGUCAAGCCCACUGAGAUAUACAACCUGGGAGCUCAGAGCCAUGUCAAGAUUUCUUUCGACUUAGCAGAAUAUACUGCUGAUGUUGAUGGGGUUGGCACUUUACGGCUCUUAGAUGCUAUUAAGACCUGUGGCCUUAUCAACUCGGUGAAGUUCUACCAAGCCUCUACCAGUGAACUUUUUGGAAAAGUGCAAGAAAUCCCACAGAAGGAAACCACCCCUUUCUACCCAAGAUCGCCUUAUGGAGCGGCAAAAUUGUAUGCCUACUGGAUUGUGGUGAACUUCAGAGAGGCCUACAAUCUUUUUGCUGUGAACGGCAUUCUCUUCAAUCAUGAAAGUCCCAGGAGAGGAGCUAAUUUUGUUACUCGAAAAAUUAGCCGAUCCGUAGCUAAGAUUCACCUUGGACAGCUGGAAUGUUUCAGCCUGGGCAAUCUGGACGCUAAGAGAGACUGGGGCCAUGCCAGGGACUACGUUGAGGCUAUGUGGCUGAUGUUGCAAACGGAUGAGCCAGAAGACUUUGUCAUAGCCACUGGGGAGGUCCAUAGUGUCCGUGAAUUCGUGGAGAAGUCAUUUAGGCACAUCGGGAAAACCAUUGUGUGGGAAGGGAAGAAUGAAAAUGAAGUAGGACGGUGCAAAGAGACUGGCAAGAUUCAUGUGACAGUCAAUCACAAAUACUACAGGCCAACUGAAGUGGAUUUUCUUCAAGGAGACUGUACCAAAGCGAAACAAAAGCUGAACUGGAAGCCCAGGGUCACGUUUGAUGAGCUGGUGAGGGAGAUGGUGGAUGCUGAUGUGGAGCUCAUGAGGAACAACCCCAACGCCUGAGCCCGGCCCGGCCCGGCCCCACAGGACCGAGUCAGCCCCGCUGUCCCCUGGGGGCCCCCCCGGGAGGGGUUUAUUGCUGACCUGUCCCCGAUUAAAAAGCUGGUUAACCCCCUCCUCCCCGUGCCUGUCGGCCCAGGGGCAGCUCUGCGUCUUGGCUCAGCCAUGGGCAACUCUCGGCGGGGUGGAGGGGGUGACUCCUCUUGGCCCCUCACCAUACCUGAAGUAAGCAUCGGCGGGCAGCCCACUGAUUUCCUUUUGAUAAUUAAAACUCAUCUUUCUAUUACCUAGAA